CCGCGCGCAACUCCCACGCCCCAGCCCCUCGGCCCGCCGGGCGCCAGAUCCGCCUCCCGGGGCUGGAGCGAGAGGGUCCUCCGCGGCGUCUUUAAGGCUGCGGUCCCCGCCCCUCCCUCUUCCCCGCCCUCCCCCGCCCGUCCUCCUCCCGGAGGCCGCAGCUCCUCCCGACCUCCCCGCGAGCCGGGCUGCCGGGCGUGCGCGGCGCGCGGAGCAGGUGCCGGCGAGCGCCUCGCAUGCCGCUGCCCGGCCGGAGGUGGUAGCGGCGCCGGGCGCGCUCCGCCCGCCCCUCCUGCGGGCCGCACUCGGGCUCCGGCGCGCGCGGGGAAAUGUCGGUGGCGACGGGCAGCAGCGAGGCGGCCGGUGGGGCCGGCGGCGGCGGCGGCGGCGGCGGCGGCGCGCGGGUUUUCUUCCAGAGUCCCCGGGGCGGCGCCGGCGGCAGCCCCGGCUCGAGCGGUGGCUCGGGCUCCUCCCGGGAGGACUCGGCGCCCGUGGCCACGGCGGCCGCUGCGGGGCAGGUUCAGCAGCAGCAGCAGCAGCAGCAGCAGCAGCAACGUCGCCACCAGCAGGGAAAAGUGACAGUGAAAUACGAUCGCAAGGAGCUUCGGAAACGGCUGGUGUUGGAGGAGUGGAUCGUGGAGCAGCUGGGUCAGCUGUACGGCUGCGAGGAAGAAGAAAUGCCAGAAGUAGAAAUUGACAUUGAUGACCUUCUUGAUGCAGACAGUGAAGAAGAGAGAGCUUUAAAGUUACGGGAAGCUCUUGUAGACUGCUACAAACCAACAGAGGAAUUUAUCCAGGAGCUGCUCUGUCGGAUAAGAGGCAUGAGAAAACUGAGUCCUCCGCAGAAGAAGACUGUAUAAUUCUAGCACAGGGUGGACCGUCCCAGAGACGAAGAAGGGGUCCUGGGAUUUGGGCUUCAUGAAGACAUUUAUUAAAGACUAGUUGCCCUGAUGAGAACCUUUUUUUGGGGGGAGGGGGUGUCUAUUAGACAUUUAUUCAAGAGUGUUCCUUUUUUGUUUUAAAAGGUUUUGCUAGUGUAAUAUUUUAAUAGCAAGGAUAUCACGACUCUGGUUUCAGCCCAACCAGGGAUAUCAAACCAGGCAGACAUGGAAGAAUGGGCUGGGCCAGGCACCGUUUUCUUUGAGAAAUCAGAGGUUUAGGACGUAACUAUACAGGGAUGAUGGUUUUCUUACAGCUAGUUUGGUAAUACUUUUUCCUAGGUUGUACAACUGUCUCAGAUGUUGAAUUUCUUGUAUAUAUCUCCACACGACUAAGUUAAAAUGUAGAUGUGAGUUUUAUUUCACACCGACGGAAUAAACUUGUGGUUUUCCUUUCACUGGAGGUCACAGUACCUGUGUGUUCAAGAGGUCACGAGACAGUCUUCGCGUGACCUGCUGCUGACCUUCAACAUUCACUUUAUGCACCAAAGUGAACGAAGUCAGUGUAUCCGUUAUUUUCAUGAGCUACGCCACAAAAAGUCGAGUUGGUCAAGGGCUUAAUUCAUGGACUUUAUAUUAUUUCAUUAUUUGGGAUGCUUUGCCAGGUCACGUCCUUAUUGCCUCGUUUGUGGUCUUUUAAAGUUUUAUGAACCCUUAAUUUGAAGAACUAUUCAGAUGUCUAGAGAAAUGCCCAUGCUGAGUGGUGUUUUGCAGUGGGAAAAGGAAGCACCGUGUAGCAAUCAAUUCUCUGCUUUCAACCAAAUACUGUGUAUUAUUCUCUCCCCACGAAAGCAGGUCGUAAGGAAACUUAGCAAAUUGGGUAUCAUCCUCCCUAGAAGUAGAUCUGGUCCCUUCCGUCCCUGGACAGCAUUAGACCAGAGCAGGUGAACCGAGUGUUGAAUACCAUAGAGGUGAGAAAGCUUCACCUUCUCUCAAGAGAGUUGAUCCAGGGGCAUUUGCUUGUGUGGAAGGGGGGCGGAGAUUGUGUUUUUGGUUGUCUCGUUGGCAUGUGGUGAGGAUUCCGGCUCCGGGCCCUAGUCAUGCACCCCGGGCUCCUUGCUUGGAGCUAGGUGUGGGGCACCAGCCCUGCCCCUCUCUGUUAUAUAUCAGCUCCCUGGAGAAGGGUCAACAUUCAAAUGGAUGUGGGCUGGGUAAAAGGUCAGAGUAGAAACUCUUCCUUCCCCCCAGGAGGCCUCCACCGCCUCCCCACAGAAACCCCACUUACUGUAAGACGUCUCUAGGUGGCCCUGUCCGAGGACAAGGGUUAAACAUUUUCUAUCAAGGGUGCUCUGAACAUAUUUUAUUUUUUAAAAGAACUAUGUUUGUGAAUUUUAUGUAUACUGGCAAGCUUUCGAAAAUGUAUUUAAUUUUGUAAUGUUUACCAAUGAUUUAUUUACAAGCUAUUUACUCAAAUAAAUGGAGCUGCUUACAA